AUACAGAACAUGAUCUCGGGAAACAGGUUGAAGGCCGACUCAUUGACUUCAGUGUACACUUAUUUUUGUAUUUGACUUAAAGUGCCAUGAGAAAGUUUGCAUAUUGCAAGGUGGUCCUUGCCACCUCACUGGUGUGGGUCCUUUUGGAUAUGUUUUUGCUGCUUUACUUCAGCGAAUGCAACAAAUGUGAUGAGAAAAAAGAGCGAGGCCUACCUCCUGGAGAUGUUCCAGAACUGGUACAGAAGCCACACGAAGGCCCUGGAGAAAUGGGAAAACCUGUUGUCAUUCCUAAAGAGGACCAAGAAAAAAUGAAGGAUAUGUUUAAAAUAAAUCAGUUUAAUUUAAUGGCAAGUGAAAUGAUUGCACUCAACAGAUCUUUACCUGAUGUCAGGUUGGAAGGGUGCAAGACAAAGGUGUAUCCAGACAGCCUUCCUACAACAAGUGUUGUCGUUGUCUUUCAUAAUGAAGCAUGGAGCACUCUCUUGCGAACUGUUCACAGCGUCAUAAACCGAUCACCACGACAGAUGCUAGAAGAAAUUAUAUUGGUCGAUGAUGCCAGUGAAAGAGACUUUUUGAAAAGACCCUUGGAGAACUAUGUGAAGAAGUUAAAAGUACCAGUUUAUGUCAUUCGAAUGGAGCAGCGUUCUGGGUUGAUUCGAGCCAGGUUGAAAGGUGCCGCUGCCUCGAAAGGCCAAGUCAUCACUUUCUUAGAUGCCCAUUGUGAGUGUACAGUCGGAUGGCUGGAGCCUCUAUUAGCACGGAUAAAAGCUGACAGGAGAACGGUGGUUUGUCCUAUAAUUGAUGUCAUCAGUGAUGAUACCUUUGAAUAUAUGGCAGGCUCUGAUAUGACUUAUGGUGGGUUCAACUGGAAGUUGAAUUUCCGAUGGUAUCCUGUUCCCCAGAAAGAAAUGGACCGAAGGAAAGGUGACAGGACCCUUCCAGUCAGGACCCCUACCAUGGCAGGAGGCCUCUUUUCCAUAGACAGAGACUAUUUUCAGGAAAUUGGAACAUAUGAUGCUGGAAUGGAUAUAUGGGGAGGAGAAAAUCUCGAGAUUUCAUUUCGGAUUUGGCAAUGUGGGGGAACACUGGAAAUUGUGACGUGUUCACAUGUUGGCCAUGUUUUUCGAAAAGCCACUCCUUAUACUUUCCCAGGAGGCACGGGACAGAUUAUCAACAAAAAUAAUAGGCGGCUUGCAGAAGUUUGGAUGGAUGAGUUCAAGAACUUCUUCUAUAUAAUUUCCCCAGGAGUUACAAAGGUAGAUUAUGGAGACAUAUCAUCACGAGCUGGAUUAAGACAGAAACUACAGUGCAAGCCCUUUUCUUGGUACCUCGAGAAUGUUUAUCCCGAUUCCCAAAUACCACGCCACUAUUUCUCUUUGGGAGAGAUAAGAAAUGUGGAAACGAAUCAAUGUCUGGAUAACAUGGCAAGAAAAGAAAAUGAAAAAGUUGGGAUUUUUAACUGUCAUGGAAUGGGUGGUAAUCAGGUCUUCUCGUACACAGCCAACAAAGAAAUUCGAACAGAUGAUUUGUGCUUAGACGUCUCAAAACUGAAUGGCCCGGUCACAAUGCUCAAAUGCCACCACUUAAAAGGCAAUCAGCUUUGGGAAUACGAUCCAGUGAAAUUAACCCUGCUGCAUGUGAACAGUAACCAGUGCCUGGAUAAAGCCGCGGAAGAUGACAGCCAGGUGCCCAGUAUCAGAGACUGCAACGGCAACCGUUCUCAGCAAUGGCUUCUUCGUAACAUUACCCUUCCGGAAACAUUCUGAAAAGUGUUCCAAGAGGAGGAUUGA